UUGAUGAUGAGCUUCACCUGUGUGUGGCGCAAGCCGACUGAGGGAAAUGAAACAACAGUAAAGACGCAUGGUACAAAAUUAUUACUAUAAGGAAAACGUAUACCUUUAGUAAAAACUCAACUGGAAGUCUUACACUGAGGUUGCGCAAAGGAUGGAGCUGUUUGGACAAUACCAGGUCAGAUAAAGAGAGAAAGCAGAACAAGUGAAAUGUGAGAAACGGUUCUGUCAUCGAGAUGAGCCGUUAUGCCCUCUGGCCUCAUCAUCUGGACUGAAGUUGAAAUUCUUUUCCUCUGUCAUCAUCAACGUUGGAAUAUUUACAGAGCCUUGACAAGCGGAACAAGACACAGAUCCAUAGUUGGAUACAAAAUAUUUCAAAUGACUGAUUGGGUGGGGUUCAGAGGUCAAGGAUGAAAUGCAAAAGUCAUUUCCAGCUCUGGCUGCGUGUCUGGUCUCCUUGUCCUGCUGAAAGAUAGGAGCGUGGAGGCGUUGUAAUUGAUUGUGAAGUGGAGUUUGGGAAGAGCUGGAAAGGAGAAGCAGGUGACUGAAGGAGGAAACGAGGAGAAGACGAGCAUGGCGCACUCAUCUUGGAUCUUUCUGUUGUGCUUUUCACUCACUCAUCAAAGGGCGGCAGCCCAAGCUGAAGCUUGCAGGACGGUGGUGCAGGCAGACAUCGUGUUCCUGCUGGAUGAGUCAUGGAGUGUGGGUCAGACCAGCUUUUUCAGAGUCAAAGACUUCAUCUCAGCCAUCAUGUCCUCCUUUCUUGACAACGCAGUGGGAGCUGAGGGGGUUCGCUUUGGAGUCACUCUCUUUGGGGAUGUUCCGAGGAUGCUGGUUGCUUUGACAGACUACAGUUCACUUGAGGAGGUGCUCAGAACUGUUGGAAACCUCCCCUACGGUGGAGGAUCGAGGAGGACAGGCAGUGCUCUCCGGUUCCUUGUAGAUUCUGUGUUCAGCCCUGCCAUCAGCCGAGAUUCUACCCCCAAGAUUGCUGUUUUGAUCACAACCGGACGCUCAGAUGACCAGGUUGACCUUGGAGCCAAGGCGGUUGCAGACAGUGGGAUUACACUCUUUGCAGUAGGCGUGAGUGGAGCCGAUGUGUCCGAGUUGAGGAGGAUUGUGUCUGAGCCCUUCGGGGAGCAUCUUUUGGAGUGUGCAGACUUCUCUCUCCUGGAAACUCUCCUUCCCAAACUGUCCCGGAGGUUAUGUUUCAGUGCUUCUGAACCUCCACGACCUGUAAAACCCAUCCAGCCAAGUGAGCAGCACGUGGUUGGUCCCAGAGACUUACAGGUGAGUGAGUUGGCCCACAGCUCCCUCAGGCUGACGUGGAGCCAGGCUACGGGGGAUGUCACUGGAUACCGUCUCCUGGUCACACCUCUCAGCUCCAGGGGACAACUCCUGCUCAACCAGCAGAGGCAGCUGGAUCUGAAGGCAGAUGUGAGCACUGCUGUAGUGACAGAGCUCAGUCCGAAGACGGAGUAUUCCCUCACCCUCUACGCCGCCUACCCAAACCUCAUCGGCAACUCUGAAACAAUCACAGUAAAAACAACUUCGUUGCCUAAAGUAUCAAACUUCCGCAUUAUCGAGGAGGGCUUAUUCUCUCUACGCCUUGGCUGGACUCCUCCUCUGGGAAAGCUCAAUGGAUUCAAGAUCUUUAUACCUAGGUCCAACAGACCCGGAUUAGCAUAUGAGCAGCUGCUUCCUGGAGACAUCUCUUCUCAUGUGAUUGACGGCCUGGAAGAAGAUAAAAAGUAUACGGUCAAUAUCUACGCUGUUUACCCCGAGGGACCCAGUGAACCAGUGUCAUUAGUUGGAAAAACAUUAAAAUUAGUAGCAGUCAAGCAGUUCCUGGUCCAGAAUGCCACUACAGAUACCGUCCAAGCAAGGUGGGAGUCAGUCAAGGGGGCAACAGGAUACCGUCUGACAUGGGCAUCCCCAGAUGGUCACAUAGAGAACAUCAACCUUGGGGAGAACUUCAACUUCUACAUGAUCCAAGGCCUUCACUCAGGCUCUGAGUACAUCGUCACAAUCAACCCCAUCUUUGGGGACACUGAGGGACCCGUCACCACCAACAAAGUCAAAACAUUGGAAAGCAGUGCUGUUCAAACUCUGAAGACUUCCGCUGUAAGCACUAGUUCAGCUGUUGUGUCUUGGAACAGCGUCCCAGGGGCCACAGGAUACAGGCUGGCAUGGGGACCCACCCCAGAAUUUGCUGGUCGCGAUCGUCCAAGGCAAUUGGCUUUGAACAGCAGCACCACAGAAUACAAGCUGAAGAACGUGGCUCACGACACAGAAUACGUCCUGACUCUAUAUGUGCUUUUUGGGUCUGCCGUCGGGCCUGGCAUCUCUGCAACGUUUAAAACUUCUCCUUUAGGUUAUGUGUCCAACUUUAAGGUGACAUCUUACACUAGUACCUCCAUAGCUGUGGAGUGGAGUCCUAUUGUUGGAGCCACAGAGUACAAACUUUCUUGGUACACAGAUGACGGCAAACCACAGUUCCAGUAUCUAGACCGAAGUGUCCUGUCCCACCAGAUCAAGGAUCUUAUCCCACAGUCCACUUACACAAUAACUAUCCGUGCAGUGUACGGCAACUCGGAGGGACCAGAUAUCUCCUUGUCUCAACUAACGUCUGCAGUCUCGGAGUCGGAGCCAAUUCAGUCAGUGAGGGAGCUAAAAGUUGUGGACAUUAGUGUAAAUUCUUUCACCUUGUCUUGGAAGAAAACACCAGGAGUUUCAGGUUACAAAAUCUACUGGAGUCCCUUUCUUGGGGGUAAGGAGAAAUCCCAAGUGGUACCUGCUGCUUCCACAACCUUCACCAUGGAUAACCUUCAGGAGAGCUCAGCUUAUAAGAUCCAGGUUUCCCCCAUGGUUGGUGGAAGAGAGGGAAGUCCUGUCCUGGUCACUGCACGAACAUUGGAUCUUCCAAAAGUGGAGGGGUUUGCUGCCCUGAACACAACUGAGAGCAGCGCAGUUCUGAACUGGACUCGUGUAGCAGGAGUCUCUGGGUAUCUUCUCUCUUGGAGGCAUAUUUCAGUGUUGGAAACAAAAACAGAAACCCUGGGUCCUGCCUUCUCAUCCUAUAAGAUCAGUGACCUGCAGUAUGGUAGGACAUACAUUUUCUCCAUCAGACCAUUGUAUGGCGAAGUGGAGGGGCCUAUAAGCACCAUAUAUCAGAGAAUAUCUGGCCCCAACACUGUCUUCAUCGUCAACCCAACUAUUGCUCAACCAGCCACCAGGGACACUGAGCCCCCCACGGCUGCACCAACAGCUCACUCCAUAACUACUAAAAACCCUCCACUCCAGCCCAGAGUCACUAAGGCCAAGGAGGCUGCAGUCACUUCUCUGAAAGUAUCCACAAGCUCCACAAAGUCAACAGCUCCACCACAUCCAGUAUGUGGGAAGACCAAAGCAGACAUAGUCUUCUUGGUGGAUGAGUCGUCAAGCAUUGGCGUUAACAACUUUGCCAAGAUGAAAGACUUCAUUUUCCGAGUGACCACUUACUUCCCUGUUAUCGGCGCACGCGGCACACAGGUUGCUGUGGUUCAUUACAGCGAUGAGCCUCGUAUUGAGUUCCAUCUAAGUGACUUCAAAGACAGAAACUCUGUGCUCAGGGCUAUCAGAGGGCUGCGCUACAGAGGUGGCAACACCAAAACAGGAAAAGGCAUCGGCUAUGUUCUGCAGGAACUGUUCAAGGAGUCUUUGGGGAUGAGACAAGAUGUGGCCCAUGUUCUGGUUCUGAUCACAGAUGGCAGGGCCCAGGAUGAUGUGACACCACCUUCCAGGAUUGGACGUGCUUUAGGGGUUAGCAUAUUAGCAGUUGGAGUUUCCAAUGCAGACAUCGAGGAACUCAAUAAAAUUGCAGCUCCCAGCAGCUAUAAAAAUAUCUUCUACUCGCCAACCUUUGAUGACUUCCCCUCCAUAGAGAGAGAAUUUAUCCAAAGCAUCUGCAGUGAGGAGCUUCUCUCUGAAUUCAAACUACAGGAUGAGUUUGCUCAGUUGGACACUCCGACUGAACACCCAGAGGAGCUGAAUAAGCCUUUAGGUCCUUGCGCCUCACAGUGUGUCAAGGGCCAGAAAGGGGAAAAGGGAAACGGUUUUGGUCUUGGUGGUUUGCAAUUUAGGCAAAGCCCUGGACAGUUUGAUCCUUUUAUAUCAUCCAAAGGAGAAAGAGGAGAGAAGGGACCUCCAGGAACAGAUGGUAUCCCUGGCUUGCCAGGGCGACCAGGACGAACGGGACCUCCUGGUUCAGCUGGUCAGCGGGGCAUUCCAGGUGUCCCAGGGGAAAUGGGUCCUCCAGGUGUCCCUGGUUCAAAAGGACAAAGGGGAGAGAGAGGAGAGCCUGGCUAUGUUAUAGCUGGUACAGAUUCAAAUUUUGUGCCUGGAAGAAAAGGAGAACCUGGAUCUUCAGGCCCGCAGGGACCACCUGGGGUACCGGGAGCGAAUGGAUCACCUGGCCUCCCCGGCCAGCCAGGCCCGCCAGGAUCACCAGGAAUAUCUGUGAAGGGAGAUCCUGGAGCUACGGGAGCCAAGGGUUUACGAGGGAAGCAAGGCUUGAAAGGAGACAAAGGAGAGCCGGGAAAAGAUGGUAUUGCUGGUCUCCCUGGUCCCAUUGGCAUCGAUGGCAUACCAGGAUUGCCAGGUCAAAAAGGAGAAAAGGGUAAAGACGGACUCGGUAUACAAGGAAUCCAAGGUCCUCAAGGAGAUAAAGGAGAGAAGGGAAAUAUUGGCUUAACAGGAGCAGAAGGACCAAAGGGUGACCGUGGAGAUCAGGGCAUCCAGGGACUGGGUGGACUCCGGGGGAAAAAGGGAUUGAAAGGAGAAAAAGGGGACAAGGGAGAGCAGGGAGAAAAAGGACCAGAUGGACCACAAGGACCUCAAGGACUGAUUGGGCCAAUUGGAUUAAAAGGAGAUGAAGGACAAAGAGGAGCGCCUGGAGAUCCUGCGAUGGGUAUAAUUGGCCCACCUGGAAAAAAAGGUGCCAGGGGAGAUCUCGGCCCAAUUGGUCAAACAGGCCCUCAGGGAAUAAAAGGAGAUCAAGGAGAGAAAGGAGAGAAGGGAAGUCCUGGUUUUGGGAUUCCAGGUCUGCCAGGACAGAAGGGGAUAAAUGGUGAGAGGGGAAAUGUUGGUCUAUCAGGAAAACCAGGACCAAAGGGCAAAGAUGGUGCAAAAGGGGAGAAGGGAAGUGUUGGCUUGCCUGGAAAUUCUGGAGAACCAGGAUUAAGAGGUAAAGAUGUAAGUAAGUCCUGUGUGGCUGUUAAACAGCAAUUAAAAUGA